UUUCAUCUUAAUGAAAUGCAUAAACCUGGUGAUGUGGUUCUGGGUGGGCUGUUUGAGGUCCACUACACCUCUGUCUUCACUGAGCGAACAUUUACCUCAGAGCCACAACAGCCCAGCUGCAAAGGCUUUGACACUCUAGGAUUCAGAGAUACCAUGACAAUGGCCUUUGCUAUAGAUGAGAUCAACAACAACUCCAAUCUGCUACCUAAUGUGACUCUGGGAUACAGUCUUUAUGAUAACUGUGGUGCACUUGUUAUUGGAUUCAGUGGCGCGUUAUCUCUGGCAAGUGGUCGGGAGGAGCAGUUUCUUCUUCAGCAGAACUGUUUAGGGACCCCACCAGUCCUAGGGAUUGUGGGUGAUUCCUACUCGACAUUUUCUAUUGCCACCUCGAGUGUACUAGGUUUAUACAAAAUGCCCAUUGUGAGUUAUUUUGCCACGUGUUCCUGCCUGAGUGAUCGGCAACAGUUUCCAUCCUUCUUUAGAACAAUCCCAAGUGAUGCUUUCCAGGUCCGUGCUAUGAUUCAGAUUCUAAAACACUUUGGCUGGACUUGGGUAGGCCUUCUGAUCAGUGAUGAUGACUAUGGACACCAUGUUGCCCAAUCCUUUCAAUCUGACCUGGCUCAGUCUGGUGGAGGUUGUCUGGCCUACUUAGAGGUUUUGCCCUGGGACAGUGACCCAAAUGAACUCAAGAGGAUUGUGCAUUUGAUAAAGACAUCAGCUGCUCGUGUGGUCAUGGUGUUUGCACAAAAGAUUCACUUGAUUCAACUAAUGGAUGAGGUUGUGAGGCAGAAUGUCAUAGGCCGGCAGUGGAUUGCAAGCGAAGCUUGGACAGCAGCUGCUGUGCUCCAGACACCACGCCUUAUGCCAUAUCUGAGUGGCACGCUGGGCAUUGCCAUCCGACAAGGAGAAAUUCCAGGGCUCAGGGAAUUCCUUUUACGAAUACAUCCUGACCAAAAUGACAACAAUAACUUUGGAAAUGACAUGGUGAGGCAGUUUUGGGAAUACACCUUUCAGUGUAUAUUUGCACCACCUCCAGCAGGAUGGGUGGAAGCUGGGGGAGCACUAUGCACUGGACAGGAAGAUCUAGAGAAUUUGGAGACUGAGUUUUUUGAUCUUUCUAACCUCAGGCCUGAGUACAAUGUUUACAAGGCUGUGUAUGCUCUGGCACAUGCCCUUGAUGACAUGCUGCAGUGUGAGCCAGGUAGAGGACCUUUCAGCGGGCACAGCUGUGCUACUUUGCAAAGACUGGAGCCAUGGCAGCUUUUACAUUAUUUGCAAAAGGUGAACUUCACCACAUCAAUUGGUGAUCAAGUGUCAUUUGAUGAGAAUGGUGAUGCCUUACCAGUCUAUGAUAUCAUGAACUGGCAGUGGCUCCCUGAUGGAAGAACUAAAGUUCAGAAAGUGGGUGUGGUUAAGAGGUCGGCCUUCAAACUUGAAGAACUCACAAUUGAUGAAGACAAAAUCUUCUGGAACUUUGAAUCGAAUAAGCCACCGCGGUCAGUGUGCAGCGAGAGCUGUCCUCCAGGUACUCGCAUGGCCAGAAAGAAAGGGGAACCUGUGUGCUGUUUUGACUGCAUCCCUUGUUCUGAGGGAAAGAUCAGCAAUAUGACUGACUCCACGGAGUGCACCACUUGUCCUGAGGACUUCUGGCCCAGCCCCCAGCAGGAUCACUGUGUUCCUAAGAAAACAGAGUUCCUCUCCUACUAUGAGCCUCUGGGUGUCUGCUUGACAACUGCCUCAUUGCUGGGCACAUUUAUCUGUCUUGUUGUCCUGGGUAUCUUCACCUAUCAUCGUAACACACCCAUGGUUCGAGCCAACAAUUCAGAACUGAGUUUCCUGCUCUUGGUGUCACUUAAACUAUGUUUCCUUUGCUCACUGCUGUUUAUUGGACGUCCCAGGCUGUGGACAUGCCAGCUGAGACAUGCAGCAUUUGGGAUCAGCUUUGUGCUUUCUGUCUCAUGCAUCCUGGUGAAAACCAUGGUGGUUCUGGCUGUGUUCAAGGCCUCCAAGCCAGGAGGUGGAGCAAGUCUGAAGUGGUUUGGUGCUGUGCAGCAGAGAGGGAUAGUUAUGGUUCUUAUAUCUAUCCAGGCAGCGAUCUGCACUGCCUGGCUUGUCUCUUCCUCACCAGCUCCUCAUAAAAACACUCAAUACCACAAUGACAAGAUAGUUUAUGAGUGUGUUGUAGGGUCCACAAUUGGUUUUGCAGUGUUACUGGGUUACAUUGGCUUACUGGCUAUCCUUAGCUUCCUGUUAGCAUUUCUGGCAAGGAAUCUUCCAGACAACUUCAAUGAAGCCAAACUCAUCACUUUCAGUAUGCUGAUCUUCUGUGCGGUGUGGGUGGCCUUUGUCCCAGCUUAUGUAAACUCUCCGGGCAAAUAUGCAGAUGCAGUGGAGGUAUUUGCCAUCCUGGCCUCCAGUUUCGGUCUCUUGGUGGCACUGUUUGGACCCAAAUGUUACAUAAUCCUGCUGAGACCAGAGAGAAACACAAAGAAAGCUAUCAUGUCUCGAGGAACCACUAAGUCAUAA